CCCCGAAAGACUCCGGGCUGAAGGAUGGACCCUUGACUCGGCAGGGAAGACGGAAGGAAGAAGCAGAAGCGGAGCCGCCAGGAGAAGCAGGAGCGCGCCUCUCGGCUGCCAGCCUUCAAAUGAGCGACAAGUUUCACUGUUCACAGGCGGAUGGGUGACUUUCCGCGGCGUCUUGCGAGGAGGAGAUGAUGAAGAAUUACAGCAGCAGCCCGCCUCACUGCCACAGCCAGACCCCGCACCACAUCCGAGACCGGAACAGCAAGAAGCAGCAGCCCAGCUUUCUGUGCGCCGCGCCGCUGCGACUCUCCCUGCGCGGCUAUGGCUUCUGCAUGGCCGCGCUCCUCCUCUUCUGCCUCGGCUCGCUCUUCUACCAGCUGAACGGCGGACCCCCCAGGAUCCUGCUGGACAUUCGGCAGUACCUCGGGAAUUGUGUGAAAAAUCACUGGUCAGUCAAAAAGGCCACCGACAAGCUCUUAAUCCAAAAGGACAGGCUAGCAAGGCAGCUGGUGUCGUGCCAACAUUUCCACAAACACAUACGAGGUGAAUCAACCUAUCUGGAUGACCACGGACCUCCUGCCCCGAAAGUGCUUCCCUUUCCCAGCCAGGUGGUCUACAACCGAGUGGGGAAGUGUGGCAGCAGGACGGUGGUCAUCUUGCUGAGGCUGCUGGCUGAGAAACAUCAGUUCAACCUGGUGUCCUCCGACAUCCACAAUAAAACACGGCUCACUAAACAUGAACAGGUGGACCUGAUGAAGAACAUCAGUAACAUUCCUCAGCCCUUCCUCUACACGCGGCACGUGCACUUCCUCAACUUCACCAGGUUCAGGAUCGAGCAGCCCGUUUACAUCAACAUCAUCCGGGACCCCAUCAACCGCUUCCUGUCCAACUACUUCUUCCGCCGCUUCGGCGACUGGAGGGGUGAACAGAACCACCUGAUCCGCACGCCGGGGAUGAAGGACGACGAGAGAUACCUGGACAUCAACGUCUGUAUCCUGGAAAAUUACCCGGAAUGCUCGAACCCGCGAGUCUUCUACAUCAUCCCGUACUUCUGUGGACAACAUCCCCAGUGCAGGGAGCCGGGGACGUGGGCCCUGGAACGGGCCAAGCAGAACGUGGUGGAGAACUACCUGCUGGUGGGAAUCCUGGAGGAGCUGGAGGACGUGCUGCUGCUGCUGGAGCGGCUCUUGCCUCACUACUUCACCGGCGUGCUGGAGAUUUACAAGAGUCCUGACUACAAGAAGAUGGGCAACAUGACGGGCACGGUGCGUAAACACACGCCCACCCUGGAGGCGCUGCAGGUGCUCUACCACCGCAUGCGCUACGAGUACGAGUUCUACAACUUCAUCCGCGACCAGUUCCACCUGAUGAAGAAGAAGAUCGGGCUCAAGUCCAGCAGCCGGCCGGCCGCCUACUCCCCCGCCUUCCUGCAGGAGCUGUCCCAGAGGACGCCCGAGCCCCUGGAGGAGGACGAGGAGCUGGAAACCGACCUGGAGGACGCCAACAGCUGGCUGGUCCAACCCUGAGCCUUGGUCCUCUGGAGGCAUCGUGAAGGCAGCGUCAUGUCUGGACCACGUGGAUCUGAUCUGGACUCCAGGACUCACGCCGGAGGAGCUUCACUUCAGCUCCGAAGUCCAGUCUUGGACUGAUGUCGUCUCCCGGAGAGAUGGCAGACUCCACUCCCAGAUGGAGGAUGGAGCGCCAACCGUCUUUGUGCCAAAUGUAAGGAACGUCGCAGGAACGUGGACUGUGCCAAACCAGAGCGAGCCGUGAAACAGCGGGACAAGUGAGGGUGAAGCCGCACGCGCUCUUUAUGAAUUCAGAGAAUUCAGAGUGGCCGCGUCUUCCGUCAGAUGCUCAUCGUGCUGAAUCCAAAGUCGGCAGCGUCCGAGACUGGAUGGUCAUUUGCCUUUACAUUUUUCAAUUUGCUCUUUACAUUCAGUGGCGCGGUGAGUCUUUCCUCAUAAGCUAAACGUCACGACUCUGUGUUUUUUUUGCCAGUUUAAUUUAUUAUUUUGUAUUCGUUUGCAUUCCAGAUCUUUUUCUCAGGAAGGACAGAAACUGUUGCAACUGUUUUGCUUUUGCUUCCAACAGACGAAAGUCUCACGGUCCCAAAAUAAACCUUUUCA